UGAGUCAGUAUGCUUUAUUUCCUGUGGUGUGGCGGUGCUGCCAGCUUUGCCUCCAUUUUCUCAUUUUUGGUGUCAAAUGAAUUUCUGAACACUCUGUGGUUUCUUCCAUGGGACUUUCUUCCAGGGCCAGUGCAGAGAAGGAGGGGCAGGACCGUCAUCUGGGCACCACUGAAGGAGGAGGAGGAGCCAGCGGGAGUAAAUCAUCCUUCAGUUGGUGACCACCGAGUCAAGACAUUCCAAUGAAGAGCCUCCAGUUCCGUAGCAUUGCCCCCAAGGCUCCAGCUGCGGUGCCCUCCCUGUCACCCGCGGUCCUGUCCUGCCAGCCUCCUUCUGCCCUCCCAGAGGCUACCACUGCCACCAGCCCCAAGUCCAUUAUUGUACCCACUCAAAACUAUGCACUGAUGCAGAUAGCGGGCCAGGAUGGGACUUUCUCGCUGGUGGCACUGCCUCCUGUCUCUUCUCAGACACCACAGAAACCACAACAAUCGCCCUCAAUUCAAAAGAACCUCAAGCUGCCCAUCCCACGAUACCAGCCACUGAGGAGCAAGGUUGCCACUGAGAAGAUCAGAUCACCUCCAGCAGCUGCCAAAGGGAAGAGUCCAUCAAGGCAAACACAAACAGAAUCAUUAAGUGUGGCGUCUUCGAAGAAAAAGAAGGAGCCGAAACCCACAAAGGGAACUCUAGUACCCAAGGAGGAACCUCCAGAGCAGGUGCUUCUUAUCGACCCUGCUUCGUCUGACAUCUCUGUGACUGCUCUUAUUCCAGACAACACUGUCUUGUACCCUUCCUCCAAGUUGGAGACGCUGACAGAUGCAUCUGAAAAAACAUCCAAAGCUGGAGUUAUCCAAGGGCUUCGGUAUCCCACCACUGCUGCUAAAACUUCCCCGCGCAAAUCCCCGGAGGAUAAUGCAGUUAAAGCAGGCCAAAUACAGCCUGAUGCUUCCCAGCCUCCCAGCAGUAUCACUGUCCUGUCCCCGGCUAUCUUCAGCAAAACAGUCCAGAUUAUCCCUUCUCCUCCAAAAGGAAAACUUCCGAUCCUGCCCUUAUCGAGAAUGAAGACCACCCUUAUCCCAGCUGGCAAGCUUAAUUUGUCCGCAGACAAAAAUGUUUUCCCAAAUCAGAUGGGUCUGAACAAGAGUUUAGAUUCUUUGGCCAAACCGUAUCAAACAGCAGAAGUGUCACAGGGUCACAGCCCCGUAGCAAACCCUGCUAUACAGCCCCAGGCUAAGGCAGCCAUCAUUGCCGUGUCAGGACUGCCCCAAAAACCAACUGGAAAGAAAAGGGGACGGAAGAGGAAGACGCUUGAUGACAUUCUGGCUUUUGAGGCCCGGAAGAAAAGAUCCCUAUCGUUCUUUCGUAGACGGGUUCCUGAGAAACCACCCCCAGUUUCCCCAGGUUCAAAACCAGCCGAGGUGGAUCUCUCAAAGUACCGCAGCAUCCGACCUAAGCCCCCAUUGGUCACCGACGCCAUUCCCCAGCUGGUAAGCCUACCUGCCGUUACCCCAGAUGGCAAAGAGCAAGAGCUGGUUCUAGCUCCGCCACACCCCACAACUGUGAAGGAAAUGAGCUGUUCUCCCACACAGGCUCCAGUAACCAUCCACCUAAAAGCAGCCUCCCAAACCAAAAUAUAUUUGGGCAGUCGUCCAAUUUACCGCUGCCCCACCUGCAACCGUUGCUUUCAAUUCAAGCACCACCUCAAGAGCCACAUGAACAGUCACACCAACAGCCGACCCUACAUCUGCCCUGUGUGCAGGAAAGCCUAUGCUCACUCGGGCAGCCUGAGCACGCACAUGAAACUCCACCACUGCGAGGUGCGACCUCGCCGAGCUCUGAGCUGCGAGUUCUGCGAAAAGUCCUUUGGUUAUGUGGGCGUGUACUUCAGUCACCUACGAGAGGUGCACAAGGUGAUUCUCACCGUGGAGCCGUCCAUCAGCCAGCAUGAGGAUCACGCAUGUGUUGAAGGUGCCAACUCCUCUGAGACCUCGGACGAACAGGAUUGCGAGGAUCCUGUGGAACUGCAGAUCAAAUGCGGCCGCUGCCAGGUCGUCACACCGACCUUCGCUGACAUGAAGAUGCAUUUGCUCUAUGUGCACGGGGAGGAGGUCAAGCUCAAACCUGAUGACAGCCCGCUCUCUCGGUGUGGGCGCAAAGCUGAAGACGAGUUGGUCAAGCACGCCGCCCAUUACUGGCGACAGCUUAAUGAGAAGCGCAACCUGGUCAAGUGUGGAAGCUGUGACGAGGAGUUCUUCUCCUUCUCCAAGCUGAGGCGUCACAUCAUGUUCCACCACAGGGGCAGGAACGACAGCGGGACUGUCUUACAAGGUGGCGCCGGGGGUCUACUAUCGGUAGGUUCUGCGUUUAACUGCGUGCUCUGCACCACGGUGCUGGACACUAAGGAGGGCAUUUUGGAGCACUGGAAAAGUCGACACCACUGUGAGCAGCCCAGUUUACUCUGGGCCGCCCUGAGCUCAUUCUCCGGCCACGAGGACGAAGACUGAGAGAUCCGGUCUACAUUACGGUUGAGAGGCACACUGAGUCCCGGGACAGAAGAGGAGUUAUCAAACGCAGUUCACUGGCCACAACAACUUUAUUUUUUUUUAAACUAGUGCACAAACACGUUAAAUCCAGGAUUACAUUUUAGUACACAAAAUAUUAUCAGGUUAUUUAGUUUCACCAGGAAACAGCGGGACUUCAAACCCUUCAGCACAGCUUGGGUCACACUUUUUUGGGUCACUCCUGGUGAAGUGUAACUGCAGGUAAGAAAAAAAAAAUCAUACACCUACAGCUUUUUGGUGGGUGGCGAAACUUGAUGUCGCGUGUCAAAGUGAGGCGUCGUGUCUUUUAUUAAAGUAGUCAAAGUUGUAUUUUUAGGAAGAGGUCAGGAUGACUUAAUUGAGAUGCACCUCGAAGGCUGGAGCGGGACGUACACUGUCGUCUUCAAGUCAGCUCUAUUUUGAGUAAAUGCUGUAUAUAAUGAAUGCCAGGACACCUCAGUACGCAGGUGGCCACGAAGGUGACUCCAAUGGUUCUAAUUUGAGGCUCUCCUGGAUGACCCAGCUCCAUGUUGAGGAUAGAUGUCAAAAUAUAAGGAUCCUGAAAUGGCGCUGUGUAUGUCCUGCUUCAGUUCUCCUUCACAUUUGGAGCACAAGUUAGUCUGAGUCAGCAUGUGGUUAUCCAUGCUAGAGAAAGGUUGGUCCUGUCAGGUAGGUAUUCAGAAUCUACUCGCUGAGAUUUCAACUUGGAAAGAAGAAACCAGAAGUCUCUCACUGUGCAGUCGGACUUCACCUCGGACCAGAGGGUCGUGUUGCCUUUCUCCCAGAGUUGAGAUGCAUCCGUGGCUAAUCUUGACGGUAUGGUGGGGGAGGUCUUCAGAAAAACACCUCGUCGUGAGUUCUAUGAUAAACCAAUCCACACAAGUGAUUGUACAAGUGAGGUCUGCUUCUCAACCGUUUCACCUCUUACGAGCUUGUGGAGUGAAAAUGUCGCCUGCUCUCGUGUGCGCCUGUGGAGUCGUGUGUAACCCGACUCUCUCCGUUUAUAGCACGGAGGGAGGAAGUCUAUUGUCAAGUCCAGAUUAUAUGCUAUUUUGUACUAGAUUAAUACUGAAGUGUAUUUAUUGUCGUGUUCCGGUCCAGUUAGAGCCAGCACUGACACAUGUAUGUUUGGCAAUGCUUUUCGUGCGCAGGGGGGUUCUAAACGCCUUGUUGUCUGUCUUCAAGCUACCAGAGCAAAGAUGUGUUCACCUUCAUGGAGAAGUAAAACGUGACAGGGUUCAUCGAAUGUAAUUUAAUGUCAUUGUUUGGAAAGCUACCAAAAGUCAAGAUAAAGUCCUUAUCUAUGGAUAGAAUAUAUAAAUAUAUGAAGAAAUAGAAGUCUAUUUACGUAGAGUUGGUCACUGUGCAGGAUGAGAUAUAGUAGAGAUGCAUAUAUUGUUGCCGAUGUGGGCAGUAAAAGCCAUGAUGUGUCUGAUGGGCGGGACUGUUUGUGGGGUGGAAGGGAUGAUCCAGAGCUGCACAAUGUCUGAGGAGUCGCAUCCGAGUCAAGUCCGUCAAGUCUUGCCUAUAUUAGAGCGGUUUUGUUUCGGAGUCGGCCAAAGGCUGGCAGUUCGGUGUGAUGUAUGACCCCCUGAUGUCACUCAUUAGAAGCACUUGCCUAGUUUUGGAUUUUGUUGUGCCAAAAAUGUCAAUGAAAAGAGCUAAAUCUUGAUAUCUUGAUUUACAAUAUCCUCUAAAUACUGCUGUCGAGGGAGACCGAUCUUCUUCAGCCCGUCGCUGUUGCUCCUUGCACCCUGAUCCUUACUCUUGCCAGUACAUAGUCCUCACUCCUCAGUGAUCCUGUCUACUUCAUCCCAGAGGGAUUGUUUGGAUUCACGCACAACGAUAAAUACCUCUGCCAUUUCUUUCCAGGGUUCGAUAAGAGAGCUGCACAACAGGAGCAAGGUGGAGCAAGGUCCUCGGUCAACUAGGUGGCGUCAUGUUUGCGACCAUCUGUUAUUGACAUUUGAAUACCAGUUCUUCCAAGUUAAAAUUUGAACCUAAAGAAAGUACGUCAAAUUAUUUGCCUCAGAAGAUGCUAAAAUUUGUAUCUAAGUCAAGGAUUCUAUGGGUCCUGAUGCAAGUACACCAAGUGUACAUUAAAGCUGGAACGGACAACUGGACCUCAGGUGUAUUGUGCAGCUCUGGUCUUCACCAACGCUCACUGUCAUCUUCAUUCUAAACCAGGUUGUUACAGGAUUUCAGGUCAAAUGCUUCUUGCCUCACUUCAAUUACAAACCUCUGAAACUACCCAGAGUGGUGUUUUUUUGGGCUGUCUAGAUGUUUAAAUUGUGUUCACAGGAGGAAAAAAUAUAUAUGGUUGAAUGUUUGUCCAUGUGACUGUUAGUGAUGAACUGACAAUAAAGAA